AUGGCAGAAUUAUACAAUAGCUCCUACGGUAAAGCCAACGUCAAGUUCUUGAAAGUCAAGAAAGAUGCUUCUAAUCCAACCAUUCAAGAUGUCCUUGAAGCCAACGUUCAAGUGUUGUUGAGAGGUAAAUUUGACACCUCUUAUACUGAAGCUGAUAACUCAUCAAUUGUCCCAACUGAUACAGUCAAGAACACCAUUUUGGUUGAAGCUAAAACUACUGAUGUUUGGCCAAUCGAGUCCUUUGCUGCUCAUUUAGCUAAACACUUUACUUCAAAGUAUGAUCAAGUUGAAGGUAUUGAGGUUAACAUUGUUCAAGCCAAGUGGACCAAGAUCAAGUUGGAAGGUAAAGAACAUGCUCACUCAUUCAAACACGAGGGACCAGAAACGCGUCAAACUUAUUUGAAUUAUGACAAAUUGACCAAGAAAUUGACCUUGUCCUCAUCCAUUAAAGAUUUGACUGUUUUGAAGUCAACCGGGUCAAUGUUUUAUGGAUACAAUGUUUGUGAUUACACUACUUUGCAACCAACCAAAGACAGAAUCUUGUCCACUGAUGUUUCAUCCACUUGGACGUUUGAUCCAAAGCAAAUCGCGUCCUUGGACGAUGUGAUUGGUAACGGUAAGUUGUUUGACCGUGCAUACAAUGAAGCUAGAGAUGUUACUUUGGAAUUGUUUUGUAAGGAAAACUCACCAUCAGUGCAAGCCACCAUGUACAACAUGGCUGAAAAGAUUUUGGCCAACGUCAAGCAAAUUGCCACUGUUACUUACAUUUUGCCCAACAAGCACUACAUUUUGUUCAACUUGGAAUGGAAAGGUAUCAAGGACAACAAGGAAUUGUUUUACCCAUCUCCAGAUCCAAAUGGGUUGAUCAAGUGUACCGUUGGCAGAAAGGGAGACAAAGCUAAGUUUUAA